UGAACGCAGCAUCAACUGCCACACAAAGUAGGCUAUUCCAAAACAGGAAGUCAUAUUAUUUACCUGAAUACCUGACUGCACCUGCAUGCUCAUACCCAUGUCGUUCACGAGGACCUAUUAAUUAAUGGACAGGUAGCCUACCUUUUGACUUUGAAGAAGACAAGGAUGAAGCGAUUCAGUUCAUCAAAAUGUGUAUCUUUUCUGACGACAGACAGAACCCCCCAUCCUGAGAACAUCCACAUCUCCUCAUUACCUCCCAGUGUUCCUACAGACCAGGAGCCAACGCAUGGAGAAGGAGACAUGGCACAGGGGAAAGCAGUUGAGACCACACAGACACAGCGAGGAGCCCCCUCUGUCUUUCCAGAGGGCCAGAAUGGGGGAACUGAUGUAUCUAGUACCUAUUUUCACCAUAAGGUCCCCAUUCCAGAUGAUGACAGUCAGACGUGGUUCAGUUUCCGUAAGCUAUGGGCCUUCACAGGACCUGGGUUCCUGAUGAGCAUCGCCUACCUAGACCCAGGAAAUAUAGAGUCAGACCUGCAGUCAGGUGCUAAAGCAGGAUUCAAGCUGUUGUGGGUUCUUCUGGGAGCCACCAUCAUUGGUCUGCUGUUGCAGAGGCUGGCAGCCAGACUGGGUGUGGUCACUGGGAUGCACCUGGCAGAAGUCUGCAACCGCCAGUACCCCACCGUGCCACGCAUUGUCCUGUGGUUGAUGGUGGAGCUGGCCAUCAUAGGUUCAGACAUGCAGGAGGUCAUAGGUUGUGCCAUUGCAUUCAACCUCCUCUCCUCUGGCAGGAUACCUUUGUGGGGGGGUGUUCUCAUCACCAUCAUUGACACAUUUGUGUUCCUCUUCCUGGACAAGUAUGGUCUGAGGAAACUUGAGGCCUUUUUUGGGGUCCUUAUUACAAUCAUGGCCAUCACCUUUGGAUAUGAGUAUGUGACUGUGCGUCCGGACCAGGGGGAGCUGCUCAAGGGGAUGUUUAUGCCGUACUGUGAAGGCUGUGGUCCUGUGCAGCUGGAGCAGGCUGUGGGCAUCGUAGGGGCUGUCAUAAUGCCCCACAACAUCUACCUGCACUCUGCCCUCGUCAAGUCUCGACAGAUUGAUCGUUCCAGUAAGAAGGAGCUCAAGGAGGCCAACAAAUACUUCUUCAUUGAGUCGACCAUUGCACUCUUCCUCUCUUUCCUCAUCAACGUAUUUGUGGUGGCUGUCUUCGCCGAGGCUGUCUAUGGACGCACAAACAUUGAAGUGCAUGACAUCUGUAAUGCAACUGGUAUUCUUCACCUAGAUCUGUUCCCCUUGAACAAUGAGACACUGCAGGUGGACAUCUACAAAGGCGGAGUGGUUCUGGGCUGUAUUUUCGGCCCUGCAGCACUAUAUAUCUGGGCUGUGGGCAUCCUGGCAGCAGGUCAGAGUUCAACCAUGACCGGGACCUACUCAGGACAGUUUGUCAUGGAGGGCUUUUUGAACCUGCGCUGGUCCCGUUUCUCCCGGGUGCUGCUGACCCGCUCCAUCGCCAUCACGCCCACCCUGCUGGUGGCCAUCUUCCAGGACGUCACCCACCUGACGGGCAUGAACGACUUCCUGAACGUGCUGCAGAGCAUGCAGCUGCCGUUUGCUUUGAUUCCCAUCCUCACUUUCACCAGUUUAUCCUCCCUCAUGAGUGAAUUUGCCAAUGGAUUAUUUUGGAAGAUUGGGGGAGGAGUUGUGAUCUUGUUGGUGUGUUGUAUCAACAUGUACUUUGUAGUCAUCUAUGUGACCUCUCUGAACAGUGUGUGGCUGUACGUGUUGGCUGCUUUUCUCUGCAUAGCAUAUUUGGGAUUUGUGGGUUACCUGACGUGGUUAUGUCUGAUAGCGCUGGGUGUGUCCUGUCUGGAUGUGACCUGCAGGGUCAGGGACGACACCACGGUUCUGAUAGAGCAGCAGCCAGAGUUUGACUCCUGAGCAUGGUUCCUUCCUGCAUGUGUGUUUGUGUGUGAGGCUAUGGGAGGAGCCUUGGGAUAUUUGAAGGUGCUACUGUACAGAUUGUAAGAUUUGUUUACAAUUUUGAAAUGACUAAUGUUCUGUAAUGAUAUUUGCCUUUAUGACAAUUGUUAUUUAAGGAAUAUGCAUGAAUGAAAUAACAUUUAUUAUGGUACAUUUCAUUAAUUAUUUCACUUUUGUAUGUAUUGAAUUUUAAGAUAAUUGCCAUAUUAAUGAUCAUACUAGGACUUUGAUUUGUGGGGAAUUUAGAAAAGGAUUGUGAAAUGGUACUGUACACUGUAAAUGUCUAUCUAUUUACUCUGAAUUAAUUACACCCUGAAAUUGUUAAACGCAAAUAAAUGCUCCCAUUUUUUAUGUUGUGGUCAAUGAGAUUUACCAUGGAAAAAAUGGUUUCAUAAUGUAUGUGUCUAGCAUUCCUCAUCUCUGCCACAGGGAGACACUGUGGAUUCAAACAGGGUAAUGUUUGAAAAGUACCAGUACUGUAGUCUACAACAACAAACAUGGAAUGCCAUGAACGUUAACAUAUUGUAAAAAUGUAUCACCAUAGUGUUUUUAUCUGUAGGUCCACCAUGAUGAUUUUAUUUAACCUCAUGUCUUCUUUAUUGCUUCCAUAUGCAAUUGCUACCCUUCUGUAUUUAUCAAGUUCCCAUUCACAGCUAAUGUUGUUGAUUUUUGUAAUUCUUAUGCUGGUAUGAACAAUUGUGUCAUUACAUUUCCUGUAGCAAUCACUGGUAUAAGAGUUAAGCAUAUUCCCGACUGGAAGGUCUGUGACCUUUUUAAGAAAGAAGGCCAGAGCAGACAGACAGGUUUUCUUGACAUUGUGGCGGCGGGAACUUUUUCCUGUCAUGGCGACAGCAGCCUUCUGUAAGGAGGGAGAGUCUUCCCACCUCCCCUCUGUGUUUUUGUUUUUCUCAAUGAGCCGAUCUCUCCCUGUGUAGGGCUCUCUCACAGCCUGUCCAGCAGGCCCCUUUCCUGGAAACAUAGCCCAGCAGAGGCCACUAAGGGGCAGAGGAGGGAGGCCAGGGCGGCUUCUUCCAGGAAAUCACAUGAUCCUGGACCUAAAGUCCCAGUCCUACAUAAAACCUAAGAAGUGACCAAUCUCCAUGGUAUCAGGAUGCUAUUGACAAUGUUGCACAGUUCUGUAAGUAAGUAUUGAGGCACACAUGGGACAUGUAUGCUAUAUUUCCUGAGUGAUUGGAGAUAUGUAAUAUGGUUAAUUGCAGUUUUGUAGGAAUAGAAACUACAACAUCCAGUGUGUUAUUUUUUAUUCUGAACAAUAUAUUCUCAUAUCAAUAUUGUUAUAUAAUUUUAUUAUUUUUUAACAGAAUUUAUUAAGAUGAAGUUUGAUGGUGAAUAGAUAAUUAUCUGCUAAUUUUUGUUGUUUUGUACAAAGAUUGAUGUUUGAUGUCAUGUGAAACAGGUGAAGGAUGGACCGGUAGAAGCUAUAUUUGCCUCAGGAUGCUUUAACCCUAUCCUCUGCUGUUGACUAAGAUUGGAACAAAAUGAAAUAUUUGAAAAUUACUCUGUCAUUUAUUAAGUCUAAUUAAACAUUUUAAAACA